AUGAACGUGGUAUUCGAACCUGAUCGAUUCGUUCGUGCGUUUCGGUUUUUUUCCGAACUUUUUUCGAGACUGAGCAUUGAACAUCUGUUUGCAGUCACAAUCAAUUUUGGAUUCAUACGUGGGUUACAAGAAUUCUCAGUCGUCCUUUCCAGGGCGUUCCUUAGACGCUCUGCCGCUGCAACAUGUUCGAUCGAUGGAGUCAGGAUCAAUCGCGACGCUCUUGAACACGGGCUCGUAGCCUCUCCCAUGUCCUUAUCCAAUGCGUACCUGCAGGUCUCUUUUCUUCUGCUUGCCUUGCGUGCAGCAUGCUUCAAAAUCUGGCAUUCUCCAAGUUUUAGAUUUUUGUGCAUCAACGUAAGCGAAUGGUGCAACGAUGAGCGCCUCUGGAUCGACAAGGAGAAGUACGCUAGGUCGUGCGUUGGUGAUUCUCGCGCAAGCUCCUACACAAUGUUCAAAGAAACUGUCAAGUAA